AUGCUCCUGUUGUACAGUGUCUGUGAGAUGCUCUUUGAAGAUGGACCUCAGAGCUGGAGGUGGCACUCGGUGGUCCUUGGGGGCUGGCUGCCUUCCUCACUGCAGGUGGUGUUAGACAUGUGCUACCUGAGAUUGGCUUCCUUUUUGUCCUUAGGAACCCGAGAGGAGGAGCGGCGGAUACUGGAAAAGGCCGGCUACUUUCAGAGCAUCACCGUCGGCGUGGCUCCCAUCGUGAUGGUGAUCGCCAGCGUGGUAACCUUCUCUGUUCACCUGACUCUUGGCUUCGAUCUCACAGCAGCUCAGGCUUUCACAGUGGUGACUGUCUUCAAUUCCAUGACUUUUGCUUUGAAAGUAACUCCGUUCUCAGUAAAAUCCCUCUCAGAAGCAUCGGUUGCUGUCGACAGGUUUAAGAGUUUGUUUCUGAUGGAAGAGGUUCACAUGAUAAAGAAAACCCCAGCCAGUCCUCACAUCAAGAUAGAGAUGAAAAAUGCCACCUUGGCAUGGGACUCCUCCCACUCCAGUAUCCAGAGCUCACCCAAGCUGACCCCCAAAACGAAAAAAGACAAGAGGGCUGCCAGGGCCAAGAAAGAGAAGGCGAGGCAGCUGGAGCGCACCGAGCACCAGGAGGCGCUGGCGGAGCAGAAGGGCCACCUCCUCCUGGACAGCGACGAGCGGCCCAGUCCCGAGGAGGAAGAGGGCAAGCCUGUCCACCUGGGGAGCCUCCGCCUACAGAGGACGCUGUACAGCAUCGACCUGGAAAUCGAAGAGGGUAAACUGGUUGGAAUCUGUGGCAGUGUGGGAAGUGGAAAAACCUCUCUCAUCUCAGCCAUUUUAGGCCAGAUGACACUUGUAGAGGGCAGCAUUGCAGUCGGCGGAACCUUCGCUUAUGUGGCCCAGCAGGCCUGGAUCCUCAAUGCCACGCUGAGAGACAACAUCCUCUUUGGGAAGGAAUUUGAUGAAGAAAGAUACAACUCUGUGCUGAACAGCUGCUGCCUGCGGCCUGACCUGGCCAUUCUCCCCAACAGUGAUCUGACUGAGAUCGGCGAGCGAGGAGCCAACCUGAGUGGUGGGCAGCGCCAAAGGAUCAGCCUUGCCCGAGCCUUGUAUAGUGACCGGGACAUCUACAUCCUGGAUGACCCCCUCAGUGCCUUAGAUGCCCAUGUGGGCAACCACAUCUUCAACAGUGCUAUCCAGAAGCACCUCAAGUCCAAGACGGUUCUGUUUGUUACCCACCAGCUACAGUACCUGGCUGAUUGUGACCAAGUGAUCUUCAUGAAAGAGGGCUGUAUUACAGAAAGGGGCACCCAUGAAGAACUGAUGAAUCUAAAUGGUGAUUACGCUACCAUUUUUAAUAACCUGUUGCUGGGAGAGACGCCCCCAGUUGAGAUUAAUUCAAAAAAGGAAACCAGUGGUUCACAGAAGAAGUCACAAGACAAGGGUCCCAAAACAGGAUCAGUAAAGAAGGAGAAAGCAGUGAAGCCAGAGGAAGGGCAGCUGGUGCAAGCGGAAGAGAAGGGGCAGGGUUCCGUGCCGUGGUCCGUGUACGGUGUCUAUAUUCAGGCUGCCGGGGGCCCCUUGGCUUUCUUGUUCAUUAUAUCCCUCUUCACAUUGAACGUGGGCAGUACCGCCUUCAGCAACUGGUGGUUGAGUUACUGGAUCAAGGAAGGAAGUGGGAACAGCACGGUGAGCCACGGGAACAGGACCUCCGUGAGCAGCAGCAUGAAGGACAAUCCUCACAUGCAGUACUAUGCCAGCGUUUAUGCCCUCUCCAUGGUCGUCAUGCUGAUCCUGAAAGCCGUUCGAGGAGUGGUCUUUGUCAAGGGCACGCUGCGAGCCUCCUCCCGGCUCCAUGAAAGGAUCCUUCGAAGCCCUAUGAAGUUUUUUGACACCACCCCCACGGGGAGAAUUCUCAACAGGUUUUCCAGAGACAUGGAUGAAGUCGAUGUGCGCCUGCCCUUCCAGGCCGAGAUGUUCAUCCAAAAUGUCAUCCUGGUGUUCUUCUGUGUUGGGAUGAUCGCAGGGGUUUUCCCAUGGUUCCUGGUGGCAGUGGCGCCCCUUGUCAUUCUCUUUGCGGUUCUGCACAUUGUGUCCAGGGUCCUGAUUCGCGAGCUGAAGCGUCUGGACAAUAUCACGCAGUCACCUUUCCUCUCCCACAUCACAUCCAGCAUACAGGGCCUUGCCACCAUCCAUGCCUACAACAAGGGGCAGGAGUUUCUGCACAGGUACCAGGAGCUGCUGGACCACAACCAAAGUCCUUUCUUCCUAUUCACAUGCGCAAUGAGGUGGCUGGCUGUGCGGCUCGACCUGAUCAGCAUCGCCCUGAUCACCACCACUGGGCUGAUGGUCGUUCUCAUGCACGGACAUAUUUCCCCUGCCUACGCUGGUCUCGCCAUCUCUUACGCUGUCCAGUUAACGGGGCUGUUCCAGUUCACCGUCAGGCUGGCCACCGAGACCGAAGCUCGCUUCACCUCCGUGGAGAGGAUCCACCACUACAUCAAGACUCUCUCUUUGGAAGCACCUGCCAGAAUUAAGAACAAGGCUCCCCCCCCUGACUGGCCCCAGGAAGGAGAGGUGACCUUUGAGAACGCGGAGAUGAGGUACCAAGAAAACCUGCCUCUGGUCCUGAAGAAAGUGUCCUUCACCAUCAAACCCAAGGAGAAGAUUGGCAUUGUGGGGCGGACGGGGUCGGGGAAGUCCUCCCUGGGCAUGGCCCUCUUCCGCCUGGUGGAGCUGUCUGGAGGCUGCAUCAAGAUUGACGGAGUGAGAAUCAGUGACAUUGGCCUUGCUGACCUCCGAAGCAAACUCUCCAUCAUCCCUCAAGAGCCAGUGCUGUUCAGUGGCACUGUCAGAUCAAACUUGGAUCCCUUCAGCCAGUACACAGAAGACCAGAUCUGGGACGCCCUGGAGAGGACGCACAUGAAAGAAUGUAUUGCUCAGCUACCUCUGAAACUUGAAUCUGAAGUGCUAGAGAAUGGGGAGAACUUCUCCGUGGGGGAACGCCAGCUCUUAUGCAUAGCAAGAGCCUUGCUCCGUCACUGCAAGAUUCUGAUUCUAGAUGAAGCCACAGCUGCCAUGGACACGGAGACAGACCUACUGAUCCAAGAGACCGUCCGAGAAGCGUUUGCCGACUGCACUAUGCUGACGAUUGCCCACCGCCUGCAUACGGUCCUAGGCUCUGAUAGGAUUAUGGUGCUGGCCCAGGGACAGGUAGUGGAGUUCGACACCCCAUCGGUCCUUCUGUCCAAUGACAGCUCCCGGUUCUAUGCCAUGUUUGCUGCUACAGAGAACAAGGUCGCUGUCAAGGGCUGACUCCUCCCGCGCCGCCUCCGUCUCUUUCCUCUGGAGCGUCGCCAUCCCGGGGCCCGCGCUCUUCCUGUCCAGCGGAAACCUUGCCUUUCCCGAUUUUACCUUUCGCACAGCAGUUCAGGAUCGGCUUGUGUGUUUCACUUGUAGGGAGAGUCCUAUUUUGAUUAUUGUAUUGACUCCAGAUUCAUGUAAACAGACUUUAGUUUUUGUUUUUAAUUGCACUCUAAAAGGUUCAGGGAACCGUUAUUAUAAAUGUAUCAGAGGCCUAUAAUGAAGCUUUCUACGUGUAGCUGUAUCUAUAUAUAUAUAUAUAUAUAAAAUCUGUACAUAGCCUAUAUUUACAGUGAAAAUGUAAGCUGUUUAUUUUAUAUUAAAAUGAGCACUGUGCUAAUAACAGUGCAGAUUCCUUUCUAUCGUUUUUGUACAGUUUGCUGCACUGGAGAUCCGGUUUUGCUAUUAGAUGACAGAAAGGGUAGCCUAUUGUUCUUUGCCAGCUGGUUGUUUCAUGGCGCCAGGUUUUCUGGGUGUCCGAAAAGGAAGACGUGUGGCAACGGUGGGCCCUGCAGCGGCCCCCUCUGCCGCCUCCCCACAGCCACCCCAGCCCGGGGCGGCGCCGAGGCCCCGCUGGAGGCCGUGCAGAGCGCCAUGGAUUCUCAGGGCUCCUGCCUUCUGUCCUGGUGUCACCUCCCUGUUUCCGUCAGGAGAGCAGUGGGGCAAAGCUCCCCACCCCCCUUUCCCUCCCUGCCUUCCUCUUCUUGCUGUUGUUUCUAAACAAGAAUCAAGUCUCUUCACAGAGUGUCCCACUGCCUCAGGUUCCGCACGCUGGCCACUGCACAGAGCUCCGGCUCCCACACCCGUCGGCUCCCAGCCCCGGGGCCGACCGCUGCUUUUUCCGGGGGUCCUUCUUCAUUUGCCUGGUCUGCGCCACCACAGUUCAGUGACAGGGUUCAGGAUUCCGUGGGUCUGUCUUCUUUUCUCACUGCGGAUGUCGCAGUCUCCUCCUCUCCCCAAAGUCUGCGACUCCAAGCAGCUCUUGCUACUCAGUGUCUCGCACUGGUGUGGAAGUCUUCGUACUGUAAAGAGACCUACCUCAGGUUGCUGAUUGCCGUGUGGUUCGGUGUGCUUCUGCAAACCCCCUUUGUGCCGUGGGGCCAGCAGCUCAGGUGGGCGUGGUCGCUGCUGUCAUCAGUUGAAUGGUCAGCGUUGCAUGUCGUGACCAACUAGACAUUCUGUUGCCUUAGCAUGUUUGCUGAACACCUUGUGGAAACAAAAACCUGGAAAAGUGAAUAAAGUUAUUUUGGAUUUUAUAAAA